AUGUCCGCUUUCCUCGGUUCCAAGAUCGUCGCCAAGGCGACCCCGGUCGUCGCCAAGCGCGACGUCACCGUCCGCGCGGCGUCCGCGUCCGAGUGCGUCGAUCCCCUCGGCGUGACCGGCGCGGUCGUCCCUUCCCCUCGAAACUUUUCCCGAGCCGUCGGAUCGAUCGAUCGAUCGAGCGAUCGUUCGCGCCUCCUCCGAGACUGGUCCCCAUACGACCCCGUUCGCGUGGUGAACGCCGAUCCUUAA